AUGGUGCUGGUGGCAAGCCUCGAGAGCAGUGGCUCCGUUACGAGUGAUCAAGUCUCAGCGUUCACUCCGGUCAAUAUACAGUCGAUGGUAAGUAUUGACAAGCCGGCAGACGCAAGGCUUGAAUCGAAGAGCACGGGAGAGGAUGUUGAAGCCGGUACUGAGCAGAGAUUGAGUUCGAUCUCCUCAAGAAACGAGCCCUCGGCCUUCAUUAUGGAAAUCCCCAUAGACAUUCGCCUCGCAGAAGCUCCCGCCAGGUCACGGGAAGCUCAAUCACAGUCCGCACCACGAGAACCAGUCGACGCCACGGAAGCAGCUAGUACAAAGCCUGACCUAGCCGACCCACAGUCAUCACCGCAGAUUGACACUUCUCAAUUUAGUACACAACAGCCAGACUACCGUGCUCUUCAGCAACUAGCCAGUAGUGCAGCUAUGGAGACUCAUAUGCGCUCUUCUCAGGCUCCAAGUCAGAGUAUGGUCAAACAUCCUCAUUUUGUACAAACUAUGUCAAGACCAGCGCAGCAAUGGCCACAGCAGGUGAAAUCACGCUUCAGCAAUUAUCGCUAUCUAGCCCCCGCGCCACCACCACGAAGACCAGAAGAGGAAUCUCGGCCCACCAAUUUCUUUGAUCUACCUGCUGAGAUUCGAGUGGAGAUCUACAAACUCGUCGUCCAGGAUGUAGUCAUCCACAUUCUGCCCAUGACUGCAGAGAACCGCCAUUCGCCUCACUCUCUCUCCAGAACAUCACGUCAAGUCCGCAACGAGAUUAUCCCAAUAAUGCACAGCACCUGCUCCAUCCGCGCCAACGUGACCGACUUCAACUUCAGCGGCAUGCUAGCCUGGAUGCAUCGUAUCCCACCCACACAACAACACCAUCUUCUCAAAAAUCACAACCUGGAAAUCAAGCUUUGCACGACUGCGAAAACGAGUCCGAACGGGCCGGAGAAUUCGUUGAGGAAAUGGCUGCAUAUGCGGGCUGAUACUCAUCGGCCGCAGCCCGCGUGGGUGUAUACCGGUGCGCAGGCGCAGAGACCGGUGGGCAACGAUAUGCGGAGGAAGUAUAAGAGGAUGCCUGAGCCGGGAAAGAGGGCGGAGUUGAAGGUGAUGUUGACUGCGCUGAAGGUCAAUAUACCUGAAUGA